AUGGAGAGGAUGUCACCCUUCCUGGCUCUGGCACUGGUGGUGGCUGUGCUCUGCCCUGUUGUCCUGGGCGACUCAGGCAGCAUACUCAGCCAGGACAACCAGGCCCAGGACAAGACCCAUGUACCCAGAAUAUCCCCCAGCAACACCAACUUCGCCUUCAGCCUGUACAAGAAGUUGGCUUUGAACACCUCCGAAGAAAAUAUCAUCUUCUCGCCCAUAAGCAUCUCCACGGCCUUGGCCUUCGUGUCCCUGGGAGCCCGUGGCACCACCUUGACAGAGAUUCUUGAAGGGCUGAUGUUCAACCUCACAGAGAUCCCCGAGGCUGAAAUCCACCAGGGCUUCCAGCACCUUCUGAGCACCCUCAACCAGUCCAGCAAAGAGCUGCAGCUGAGCAUGGGCAACACUAUGUUCGUCGAUGAGCAUCUAAAGCUGCUGGAGAAGUUCAAGGAGGGCGCCCAGAAGCAGUACAGAGCUGAGGCCCUCAAUGUCAACUUCCAGGGCGCGACCUCUGACGCCGAGAAGUUUAUCAACGACUACGUGAAACAGAAAACCCAGGGAAAAAUUGUGAACUUGAUCAGGAACCUUAGCUCAGAAACAAGGCUGCUGGUGGUGAAUUACCUCUUCUUUAAAGCCAAGUGGCAGACUCCCUUUGAUCCCAGAAGCACAGACAAGUCAGAGUUCCAUGUGAACAAUAAUAAGUCUGUGGAGGUGCCCAUGAUGAGUCUCGUGAACGUGGCCAUGCCUUACUUCCGGGAUGAGGUGCUCUCCUGCACAGUGGUGGAACUGAAUUACACCGGCACCGCCAGUGCGCUCUUCAUCCUCCCUGACAAAGGCAAAAUGGACAAAGUGGAAGCCAUGUUGUUCCCAGAAACACUGAGAAAGUGGAGAGAGUCACUGAAGAUCAGAUUGAUAAAUCAUCUCUACCUACCCAAGUUCUCCAUUUCCAGCAACUAUGAGCUGAAAGACAUACUUCCCCAGCUGGGCAUGAGGGAAGUCUUCACCGUACAGGCUAAUCUGUCAGGAAUCACAGAGAACGAGCGCUUGAUGGUUUCCAAGGUGGUGCAUAAGGCUGUGGUUGAUGUGGCUGAGGACGGCACUGAAGCAGCUGCGGUCACGGAAGUCGAGUUUAUCGCAACCUCCUCCAGGAAUGGCUUACAGACCAUUGUGAAUUUCAACAGGCCUUUCCUGAUGACCAUCUUCUCCUCAAAUACCCAAAGCAUCCUCUUUAUGGGCAAAGUUGGCAAUCCCAAAGAGCAAUAA